UCGGAAGCGGGUGGCGUGAAGAGCUUCCACGCGCCGAGGAGUUAGCCAUCAGUUCCAAAGUGAACGAUGAUUGAAUAUGAGGAUGGUUUCACGAUCCUUUUCAGACUGCGUGGCUCCGUUUUUCCCUUCGCCUUUCUCUUGACCGUACCUAGUUUGAUCCUCACCGCUGCAUGGUGCUUGCUGAUGAAUGACAUCGCGGAGACAAGCGAUUUCGUCGCUGUGAUGGUGCAAGAAGAUUUCAAUAAAAGUCAGGUUUGGAGCGCCUUGACCGCUUCCUUGGCCCUGCUGAUCGCCUUUCGAACACGUCAGGCUCUACAACGAUUUUGGGAGGGAACCACCCUGAUGCAUCAAAUGCGAGGUGAAUGGUUUGAUUCCGUGAGCUGUUUGAUCUCGUUUUCCCGGGCAGCCAAACAAACCAAGCCUGCUGAAGUGCAACAAUUCCGUCAUACCUUAGUACGCUUGGCCAGUGUCAUGCACGGCUCGGCGUUGGAUGAGAUUUGUGGUGAAGGGGCUGCAGGGCAGGUGUGCAUGGACAUCACAGGCCUUGACAUGGAAACCUUGAAAUUUCUCAGGGACUGCACCGAUGUGUACGGUUUCAAUAAGGUGGAGGCUUUGCAGCAUAUGAUCCAAAAUCUGGUGACCUACAACCAGCAGAUUGGAGUGCUGACGAUCCCUCCUCCCAUUCUCCCACGAGUAUACCAAACCUUGUCGCGUGGCUUUGUCAAUUUACUGAAUGCCAAGAAGAUUGCAGACACGCGAUUUCCAUUUCCAUGGGCUCAGAUUAUACUACUGCUGAUCUUGUCCUAUAGCAUCACCACGCCUUUAGUCGUGGCCGCCAUCAUCAAGCAGUAUGCCUGGGCCAUGUUGGUGACGUUCAUCCCCGUCUUUAGCGUCAUCGCCCUGAACAUAGUCUGCACACAGCUCGAGAUGCCAUUUGGAAGUGACGCCAAUGACCUUCCAUUGGAUCAUUUUCAGGAAGAUAUGAAUCGAGGAUUGUUACUGUUGAUUCACGAGAUGACGGACCACAUCGUUUCUAUCAGGCCGUUUGCCCAGACCAGACACAGCUAUUUGAUGAAGUGUGUGGGUAGAGAAGCUUUCCAGGAUUUCGCGGUGAGAAGCACCAUGUCAGGCGGUAUGUCUUUGGAACCAGAGGACGAUGACGAUGUGAUUGCAAACGAGGUUGAGAUCGAAACGAAGGCUGUCCAGGAGACGCCACGCGCCACACCCUGCAAGGCGUCACCUGAGGCGAAGGCGAAAGAGGCGAAAGAAGCGAAAGACCCUCCGCCACCACCUCCGCAGAGUCUGGCGACUGAUGCGGAGACCAAUCGAAGAAUCAUUGAUUUGUUGAGUCGGCAGUUAAUGGAAUUGGCCUCCAACACCCAGGCCUUAGAAUCCAAUACGUUGGCCAUGCAAAGUAUGGCUACCGCUACGGAUGACGGGGGCAUCGGCCGCGAGGGGAAGUCGGGGUUGUCCGAUAGCAGACAGUUGAUCAGAGAACUUCGCCAGUUACUUACGCAAGUUCAGCUGGACAGUCCAGGCUCAGGCCCCGUCGUUGCCUCCAGCAAUCCUUUGGCAUGCGGGCGAUGCGUUUGCGAGACUUCUCCCUGAAGGUGUGUUCUACAUAGCUCACAUCGUGACAGACCGCCAAUUGCGCCGAUCUCCGCAAAAAUUCCUUGGUGGAUUGACUCUGAAGCAGGCUUGAACAUCAAGGCCUGAAUGUUGU